GAAAGUCCCUAAUUAGAAACGUCAAUGCACCUGUCAUUAAAUUGACACUUUCAAAAGUCGUUUUUCUCUUGUAGUUGUUUGCAAUUUAGUUUUAGUUCUCCCGUAGAUAUACGUGUUGCAGCUUUAAUAUUAACAAUGGAUAACUCGUUAACAAAUUUCGAAUUAACCGAUAGCACCAUAAAAGCAAAUUCCGACUCGGAACAUGGUUCCGACAAAAGCGAGACACUCGAAAUUUUAAGUAUUGGCGACACUGAUCAGUCGUCUUCAAAUGGGGGCAAGUCUGAUGAGGACUUUGAUAAUAAUCUCCCAGAAACUGUAACUCUUCUCAAACAUGAAGCAACAGGUGCCAAAGUUUAUCUCGUUGGAACGGCUCACUUUAGCAACGAAUCAAAGGAGGAUGUUAUCAAAGUUAUUCGUAAUAUUCUCCCACAUGCUGUUGUUUUGGAACUGUGUGCCUCAAGAACCAACAUUUUGUCCUUGGAUGAAAAAACAAUCUUAGAAGAAGCCAAAAAUAUAGAUUUCCAGAAAAUUGUUACUAAUAUUAAGACUAGUGGCCUUUACAAUGGAAUUAUGUACAUUUUGUUGUUGAACAUGAGUGCCCAUAUUACCAAGGAGUUGGGGAUGGCUCCCGGGGGCGAGUUUAGAGUUGCUUAUCGCGAGGCUGAAAAAAUCCCCAAUUGUGAGGUUCUAUUAGGCGAUCGCCCCCUGGGAAUUACCCUUCACAGGGCUUUGUCCAAACUAACUUGGUUCCAGACUAUUAAACUAGCGUGGCAUUUAUUGACUUCAAAAGAGAAAGUCAGCAUUGAAGAUAUCGAAAAGUGUAAAAAGCGUGAUAUGUUAGAGCAAUUAUUGACUGAAUUGGCCGGUGAAUACCCGGCAUUUAGGGAUGUUUUUCUGAAUGAGAGGGACGUUUAUUUAACUCAUUCUCUCCAAGCGGCUGCUACUGCUGCUUGUAAGAAAAACAGAGGCAAAGAAGGUGGUGAUGAGCCAAUCAAGAUUGUGGGUGUGGUGGGAAUAGGUCAUGUUCCUGGAAUAACGAAAUUGUGGCCUAAAGACCAGAAACCCUUCAUUGCUGAAAUUUUACAAGUGCCACCACCUUCACUCACAUCCAAAGUGGUGAGACUCACUUUUAGAGUCUCUUUGUUAACUUUUGGGGGUUAUCUAGUAUACAAGUUUGUCCCCGUGCCUAAAAUGCUCAAAGAGAAUUCCCACUUGGUUAUGCAGCACAUUUUAACUAGCGUCAAGGGCAACACUAAUUUCAAGUAUGCUCUGCAUUGAGUUUUAAAAUGUUGUUUUAAUCCUAAAUCGUUGCUUUUUUCUAAUUUCUAAGUCAAACAUUCCAUUGUAUAUUUUUUUAAUGGUAGGUUAAGGUGUAGUUCAAAGAGAUUGUUAUUUAAAUCAUAAUAUAUUUCUAAAAUUGUUAAAAUAUCAUAUAAAACAAUGAUAAGUUGGAAGACUCGAAGGCAGGAUGAUUUAAGUACUUGGAUUUGUUAUUCACUGCCAAAUUCUUGGAGACUUUAUUUGACAUCACCGGCACAUCGAAAACCCAAAUUUCCGGCUGAACUGUCUUUGGUAUUGAAAGAUCUUGCGGCGCAGCGAUACCUCCAACAGUAAGAUUCAUGACAGAGAUAGGAACCCCCUUUCUUCACUUUCGCGUCCUGGAAUAUUAUUUUAAUCAUAUAUUUUGUUUUUGGUGUAAAUAAAGUUUUGGUAUAAA